AUGGAUCGAAAUUACGAUUUUACAAAGAAUAACGACUACGGUAUUCGUGGUCGAAGCUAUAUGUCUACAGCUGACAAACCAAAAAAAGAAGCAAUUCUAGAUUUAGGGAAGUAUCAAGAUCAAAAAGUAAGAGUAAAGUUUAUGGGAGGAAGAGAAAUCGUGGGAAUUUUAAAAGGUUAUGAUCCAUUAAUGAAUUUAGUAUUAGAUGAAGUAAUUGAAAAUUUAAGAGAUGAAGAUGGAAAUAUUACAGAUCAAAAACGACAACUCGGACUUGUUGUUAUUCGUGGUACUACUUUAGUACUUUUUUCACCAGUAGAUGGAAGCGAAGAAAUUAAAAAUCCGUUUUUAGAACAAGUUGUAAUAUGA